AUGAGUGCCGAGGAUAGCAAAAAGAGGCUGCGGCCUGAAAUCGAGGAGGCCCUGGCAGCAAUGCCAGACUCCGAGACUGUUGCUGCUCCCGCGCCAAAGAAAGCCCGUACAGAAGAGCGCAGAUCUCUUUUCGUUCGAUCGCUUCCCCCAAACGUGACAAACGAAAGCCUUGCCGAAUUCUUUUCUGAAUAUUUCCCCGUCAAGCACGCAACCGUUGUUGUUGAUCAGCAGACAAAGGAAUCUCGUGGAUUCGGUUUCGUGACUUUGGCGGACGCCGACGACGCCAAGCAGGCCCAGACCGUUUUCGACAAGAAGCAUUGGGACGGCAGAAGCAUUCGAGUCGAAGUGGCCGAGCCCAGACAAAGAAAAGAAGCCGCCGAGGGUGCCGAACCUCGUCAGAAGCCCGGCAAGCCCGAAUUCGAGCCGACGCCAAAGUUGAUUGUCCGUAACUUGCCCUGGACCAUCCGCAACUCGGAGCAGCUUGGCCAUCUUUUCCGAAGCUACGGCAAGGUCAAGUUUGCGGAUCUGCCCAAGAACAAAGGAAAGCUCAAGGGUUUCGGUUUUGUUACCCUCCGAGGAAAGAAGAAUGCCGAAAACGCACUCGAAGGCAUCAACGGCAAAGAAAUCGACGGCAGAACUCUGGCUGUUGACUGGGCCGUCGACAAGACCACAUGGGAUCAGCAGCAAGCCGACGACGCGACCAGCUCUGAAGGAGAAUCUGAAGCUGAAGACGACCAAGAUGACGAUGACGAAGAAGACGACGAGGAUAAAGACGACCAAGACGAAGACGAGGAUGAAGAUCCCGCUCAAGACCAAGAAGAGGGUCAGCUCAAUGCCGACCUGGAAAACUUCAUGAAGAACCAUAUGCAAAACAUUGUGGAUGAAGAUGACGAGGAAGAGGAUGAAGAAGAAACAAAGAGAAAAGAGGAACGCAACAACUCAUCUGACAAUUCUACGACAAUCUUUGUCCGCAACCUCCCAUUCACCACCAACGACGAGCAGCUCAAGACCUUCUUCAGCAGCUUUGGCAAUGUUCGAUAUGCUCGUGUCGUAAUGGACAAAGCUACGGACCGCCCCGCUGGAACUGGAUUUGUUUGCUUCUUCGAUGGAGAGGAGGCCAAGACAUGUAUCAAGGAGGCCCCACGCGGACAGGAGCCGGCUGCCUCGGGCAAGAAAUCCAUUCUCCAUGACGACAACCUUGACCCUACCGGAAGAUACACCCUCGACGGUCGUCUUCUCAGCGUAGCCCAGGCCGUGAACCGUGCCGAGGCCAGCAACUUGGCAGAGAGCUCGUUGGCCAAGCGAAGAGAAAAGGACAAGAGACGACUCUAUCUUCUUGCCGAAGGCGGCAUCGGCACCAACUCGCCCAUCUACAACCUGCUGAGUCUGCCCGAGAUCCGAAUGCGACAGGCCAGCGCGGCGCAAAGAAAGAAGCUCGUGCAGGGCAACCCUACCCUGCACAUCAGUCUCACACGUAUCGCCCUACGAAACAUUCCCAAGGACAUUGGCUCUAAAGAACUCAAAGAGCUGGCACGUAAAGCUGUCGUGGGAUUUGCGCAGGAUGUCAAGCAGGGCAUUCGCGAGCCACUGUCCAAGGAAGAGAAUGCCAGAGAUGGCAAGGACGCCAAGGAAAAGGAGCAGCAGCGAAGAGCGAAAGGCAAGGGUAUCGUGCGCCAAGCCAAGAUUGUUUUCGAGAGCACCCAGGGCACCAAGAUUAAUGAAGACACUGGCGCUGGCAAGAGUCGUGGCUAUGGCUUCAUCGAAUACGUGUCUCACCAUUGGGCUCUGAUGGGUCUGCGAUUCCUGAAUGGCCACCAGAUGGACGAUGUGGAGGAGGGCAAGAAGAAGCGUUUAGUCGCAGAGUUUGCGAUUGAGAAUGCACAAGUCGUGCAGCGCAGAAGAAUGAACGAAGAAAAGUCUCGGCAAGUAAGAGAGGACAUUGCCAAUGGCAAGCCGCGCUUCCACAAGGAUGAGGGUGAGCGCGACAGCAGUUCCCGUGGCGGGAGAGGUGGCCGUGGUGGCAGAGGCGAUCGUGGCGGCCGAGGCGAUCGUGGCGGCCGAGGCGACCGUGGAGGCCGAGGCGGACGAGGAGCCUUUGGCGGCAGGGGUGGAAGAGGUGGUUUUGACAGCAGAGAUCGUGGCGAGAGCAGAGGUCGCGACGGUGAUGGUGGUCGUGGUGGUUUCCGUGGCCGUGGUGACCGCGGCCGUGGUGGUUCUCGUGGUCGUGGUGAUCGCGGCCGUAGUGGUGACCGUGGUGACAGAGAUCGUGGUGACCGAGGCCGUGGUGGUGAUGGAGGACGUGGUGGCCGCGGCCGUGGCGACAGAGGCCGUGGUGGUGAUCGCGGCCGCGGUGAUCGAGGUCGCAGAGACAGGAAGCCCCUGAUGGACAAGUUCAAGGGCGAUGGAGGCGCCGGUGGAAGAGACGGCAUGCAACAAAGGCUCACCGAGCGCAAGCAUCAGGUGCGCCAGAAAAAGGCCGACUCUAGAGGCAACUAA